AUGAAGUCUUCUACAACUUUACUUCUCUAUUCUUGCACAUUUUUUUCAACAGUUUCUAUUAUUUUUGCUAUUCUGUUCACUUCUUUCAUGUACAAUGAUUUGUAUGAAUUUCAUAACGAAGUCGAACAAGAAUUAGAUGGUUUUAAGGUUAUUCAAACUAUUUCGGUUGUUUAAAAUCAAUUUUUUAUGGUUUCAGGAGAUUUACAAUGACGCAUGGCAAAAAUUGAGUGUUCCAACAUCUCAAAAAUUCUCAGAAUCUGAAAACUUGAGAAUAUUCAAAAGAUAUGCUUCCGAUAAAUCAAUCUGUAAUUGUGCAUCAAAAUCUUCAAAUUGUCCACGUGGUCCGCCAGGUCCACCAGGAAAUCCGGGCGAAAAUGGACAAAAAGGACAAAAUGGUCAGGUGUUUCGAUAAUUUUCUUAUCAUUUCGUUGUUGAUUUAUGAUAUUUUUAGGGCCAGACGGAAAUGAUGGACAAGUUCAACCAAUUUCUUUUGUUCAAGAUAGUAUGAUAUCAUGCCCAAUUGGACAACCAGGAGAACCAGGACAAGAUGGACCACCAGGUCCGCCAGGUCUUGACGGAAAUCCUGGAAAUGAUGGACCAUCUGGAGAAGAAGGACCACCUGGAGAAAUUGGACAACCAGGUUCACCAGGUCGAAUUGGUUCGCCAGGAAGAGAUGGAAAAUCUGGAAAACCAGGAAGAGAUGGAACACGUGGAAUUGGUUUACCUGGACCUAAAGGUCAAACAGGAACACGUGGACAAAUUGGACCACGUGGAGAAAAUGGAAAACCUGGAAAGAAUGGUGAACAUGGACAAACUGGUUAUCAAGGCGAAAUUGGAAAUCGCGGAGAACCUGGUCCAGAUGGAAUUCCAGGCGGUCCAGGAAUCGAUGGAAUGCCUGGUGCUGACUCAGGUUAUUGUCAAUGUCCUCAAAGAAAUUCAAAUGUUGAAAAAACAUCAAAUGGUUAUAAAGUUCGCAAAGUUCGACUUUUUAAUCAUGCAAACUAG